AUGCAAAGUGUAAUUUUGAAAGCUAAAUUACGAAAACGGUGUUGUCUAAAACGAAAACUGUUAAAAGAAGCAAGACAUCAAUUAUUUAAGCGUGUUGAAGAUGAUCCUCCAUCACCCGAGCUUAUUGGUGUCUCUGCAAUUGAAAUUCAGCAUCAACUUCAGCAAAGUGUCAUAACACCAUUCCAAGCUCUCCGUGUUUAUCAGAAGAAAGUUCUCGAUGUCCUCGAUUGUAAUGGUGUCUGUGAUAUAAUUGAAGAGGCUGAAGAGUCCGCAAAGUUGAUUUCUCCAAAAAUUAGGUCUCCCAUAUGCGGCAUGCCAGUCAGUGUCAAAGAGAACAUUGCUAUCGCUGGAUAUGAUAGCACAAUCGGAUUGGUUAAUCGCUGUCUAAAACCAUGCCCUGAAGACAGCCAGCUAAUUAAGGUUCUUAGAAAAGUUGGAGCAGUGCCUUUCGUUACCACGACUAUGAGCCCAACCGGUAUGUGCUUAGACGCAUCCACGGAAAUGUUCGGCAAACAAAGGAAUCCCCAUGAUCCAAAACGUUUGGUUGGUGGGAGCUCGAGUGGUGAAGCUAUUCUUGUCACCCUCGGCGCCUCUCCCCUUGGAUUCGGAACCGAUAUUGCUGGAAGCGUUCGUUUUCCUGCUGCUUUAUGUGGCAUUAGUGCUCUAAAACCCACAAGUUUACGAUUAAGUACUGUUGGAGUUAUCUCGGUUUCGAAAAAAAGUUGUGUCGGACUUCGUCCCGUGUUCGGACCAAUGUCUAAACACGUCAGUCUUUUAGUGGAUUCCAUGCGAGCAAUUCUUACUCCCAAUAUGUUUGAUCUUGACCCUCGAGUUCCUCCCAUUGAAUUUCGCGAGGAGAUUUUCACAUCUAGCAAACCUCUAACUAUCGGAAUUUUUGAUCAUAUCGGCGGAGAAAUAGCUCCAAAGCCUGUUCCAUCUAUUGUGAAUGCUCUCUCUCAAGCGAAAGAGAUAUUAAGAGCUCAAGGACAUAAGAUAGUCGAGUUCAGCAUACCUAAUCCCGACACCGCGGUUAGUUUGGCAAUAGCAGGCAUAAUGGCGGAUGGAGGUGAGAAUAUUCGCAAGCUUUCUCAUUGCGAAACAACAAAUUCUCGCUUUAGAACAACGUGCUUUCUUCUCAGCAUGCCUACGUUCAUAAAACGACUUGCUGGCAAAGUAAUUCAGAGCACAUUCAGCAGGGCCAUUGGCAGUGCAAUGCUUGCGACUACAGGUUGUCGAACAUCAACUGAGCUUCUAACUGCCCUGAGUGAGGUGUCUGACUAUCAGAAUGAAUUCGCCGCGGCUUGGACUAACGCAAAAAUUGACAUUCUUCUCUGUCCAGCACUACCCUUCCCUGCUCCGCUUGAAAGUAUACCAGAUGUGAUGGUAUUGUCAGCUAUUACCCUCUCCUCUAUCUACAAUUUAAUCGACUAUCCUGCAGGUAUUGUUCGGGUGAGUGAAGUAACGGAGAAGGAUGUCGAGGAGGCUCAAAAAUGGGCAGCUGAAUACAGAAAAACGGGCGAUAUUUUAAACGCCAAACAUAGUGAAUGGCAAAGGGAUACAAAGGGUCUUCCCUUGGUUGUACAAGUGGUUGGGAAACCGUUUGAUGAGGAGACAGUUUUGAGAGUAAUGAGAGAAAUCGAGGAAGGAGUGAAACAACUCUAA